GUUUGAUGAGAAAAUGAAAUGUUGAGAUUGUUUGAAGUAUUAUGUCCAUUUAAAGCUGAUUCCUUUCCUUUUUUGUAUUUUGUGUUACCUAAAAAGUGCGCAAUCAUUUUUGUAAACUUCGUCACUGCAAUUGUAUAAAUGCCUCGAUAUCCAGCUGAUAUUUCUUAUGCUAUCAUCUCUUUCUGAAAAUUGUUUGAAGAACUCUGGUCUCUUUGAUGGCUAUAGAAAUUAGCUUUUUAUGGAUGUUGAACUCAAUCUUUUUCUUCUGUUUGACAGUUUGUAUCUGCAAGACAAAGGACAUUUGGGUCUGUGGAUGAGCUCUGUUGCGAAGCCAGAUACAUCAGUCUGAGAUGAUGGAAGACCAAAUAAUGAAAGAUCAGUAUCAAGAUAGAUUCUUGUUGAAUUCCUGGUGUAUCAAGUAUAGCUAGCAACAACUUUGCAGGAUGUGUUGAAGUCUUGGUGUAUCAGAUAAUCACUAUGAACUACUUUGCUGGAUGUGCGUCUUAAACCAUUUUGCAAAUUUUGAAUUGAAUACCUUCUGCAUGGCAUCAUUGACACACCUCUAAGGAUUUAAUCACCUUUAAAUUGACUUUAGAAUUUUUCUUGGUGGAGGUGGGGGGAAUGGGGAGUUAAAGUGGAGUGGCUGGAUUCAUUUCCAACUUAUGUAUCAUUUCUUCUCUUGGUAUGUUAUUUUUCCUUUUCUGUUGCAUUCCUUUUGCAGAAUUGUGCAUUGAAUCAAGAUCUGUUAAUAUAGGUUGUCUGUGGACCUGAUUGCAAUACUUGGAAUGAAAUGACAGCUUCAGCACUUCCUUUGCAGUUCCCAAGUAUUUCAGAGUUUAAUCAAACGUUCUAACACUUAAAUCAAGCUCCCUAUUAUCCUUGGUGCAGGAGGCAAAAGUAUGUUGCUGCUUUAUACAUGGUGAUGAUAGAUUCAAAAAACAGUUUCAUGAACGUUAUAAUGUUCUGGUUGCAUGUAAGUUUAGUAGCUGAUCUUCUUCUGCAAAGGAAGCUUUAGCCAACAUGCAUGUGGGGGUACAAAAACCAUUGUGGAGGAACAAGUUCGAGAAAUUUCCCCAUAAACUGUUUUUAUACUUUUAUGUACUAGUUGAAUGGAUCCAGUCUGUCUAUUACUCUUAACUGGAGAACGAUUCCGUUGAACUUGAAAUCCCUUGCUGGGAAGGGUUACUGAUGGGUGGAUGGAAAGAACAGUGUUGCAGUUGAGUCAUUAUUUAUUCAGUUUUGAACUUUAAUUUCUACAGGGUGUAAGCUGUCGGAUACCAACUUUGUCAUUU